CUUGUGUGAUGGAGCAGAAGAAAGAGGAUGGGAAGGCGUUCUUCACGCAAGGGAAGUGGGCCGAUGCGCUUGCAAGCUAUCAAGCUGCAUUAGCUUACCCCAACGUACCUGUGGACAUGCAGAGUUUGCUUCUGAGCAACAUUGCCAUGUGUCAGCUCAAGCUCCGCGAUUUUGCGGGCACGUUGUCGUCUUGCGACCAAGCCAUGUCGUUGCCGAACGUCGCGGCGUCCGUGAUGGAGAAGCUUCUCUUCCGCCGCGCGCAAGCGUACAUGGAGUUGGACCAAUUGACCCCAUCUGCUCGCGACAUCAAGGCCGUGUUACAACUCAACCCGGGCAACAAACCUGCCGCGUUGUUGUUGCGUCAAUUGCAGGAACGCGCCCGCGCCGACGCCUCUGGGGUCGGCAAAGCGCUCAAAUCUCUGCGGGACACGCCAUCUCUCGACGCCCUGCGCUUCCUCGAGCACGCUUCGGACACUAGCAUUUACCGCGACGUCGUGGCCCAACACGGCGAGUCGGUGCUCUGGAAAUGCGUGUAUGCAUGCGAAGACCGGUCCGUCGGCGCCGCGGCGCUCCGAGUGCUGCACAAGAUGUCCACGGCGUCGUCGGGGGGGUAUUCCAGCGCUGCGGCCGUGCUCGCCGCGGUCGACCUGACGAUCUUGACAACAUUUGUCCAGCCGCCCCAAGUGGCGCUUGUCAAUGGGAAUGACGACGGCGCCGACAGCUUGGUGUUUGCGUUGGAAGUAGGUGUGAUUGGUCUGUGUGGCGCGCUGGUGGGGUAUCUCGCCGCCCAACCCACAGAAACGUCCGACAGGACGUUGGCGCCGCGCCGACUGCUUCUGGACGCCGUCUUGAAUGGCUUGCGAAGCGACCGCGUGCCGCUGCAAGUGGCUGCUCUGGACACGCUGCUCACGGACCUCAAGCAACUCCACGCCAAGCUGCGCACAUCCCUGGACGAACUGGGCAUUUUCCCAUUGCUGCUGUCCCGCGCCGACGUGUUUGAGGACAGAACCGUGUCCCGCGUGGCGCUCGUGUUUUCCCAAGUGCUGGCGUCAUUUGAAGGCCACGAAGCCCAGGCUGAGCAAAUCGUACGGCGCCACUGCGUCCUCCCCAUCCUUAGCGCGCCGACCAUGGCGGCCGCCAGCCCCGGCGCCGUGCUCCUCUGCAGCGUGUUCCUUGUAAAUGCCAAACUCGGCAGCUCCGUCAUCCACAGCCACCCGUCGUUCUUUCAACACUUGGGUGACCUCUUGUUGGCGUCCAAGAGCAUGCUCGCGUACCAGGAACUCGUCAUGGACCUCGUCGCGUUCGUCGCCGGCACGGAAACCGGCGCCGCGUGCAUCCCACUGGACCUGCGUGUAGAAUUGGGUAAAAUCAUGCAAUGUGACAUGGACGACAAGCACUUGAAGCUGCAAGCGACGGCGGUGGCGGCGCUGGUCAAGUUGCACAUUGUGGAGAAAGCGUUCGAUCCGAUGACGCCGUCGGGUCACAUGAUGGUGGACACGGUCUUGGGCUUGUUGAGUCGGCUGCACAAUGCCACGGCGCGGCCAUCUGUCGUCGGUUCCACGGCAGCUGAACGAUCCGUGGAAGCGUUGUCGUACAUUAUCACGUUUACGCCGGUGAAAGAUCUGUUGGUCCAGCACCCCCGCGCGUUGGCGCCGCUGCUGACCGUGUCGCUGACUGAUACGCCGUCCAACAUGCUGUACGGUGUCGCAUAUUCGCUGCACCACCUGCUCACGUCCGAGUCACAUUUGAAAAAGCAGAAAAUGGCCAACUCGGAAAUGACACCUGACCAGUACGAACAGCUGCAGCAAGCGCUCAAGCAAAAGUCCGAGCUCGACGAUGGCGAUAGCGUCGAUCAGGUCCACGCGCGACUCGCGGCGGUGUUGGCGCUGCCGACUGCCGUCAAGACGUUGACGUUGCUGCUCAAAACCAAGAGCCCGGCCGUGCUCGAGUUGGCGAUUCAAACGGCCUUGCAUGCCACCGACAGCGUCGACGUGCGGGGCAAGCUCGUGCAAGGCGGGGUAUUGGCGGGGCUGUUUCCCCACGCCCACCAGUCCGACGCAGCCCAGCAAGCGAUCGCAAAGAUUCUGAUUACGACCAACCCGCAUCUGAUUCCGUCGGCGCAACUGUUGUCGGCGGUCCGUCCGCUGCGGACGUUGUGUCAAAACAAGCACGACGCGGCGCUGUUGCAGUUUGAAGCGUUGAUGGCGCUGACAAACGUGGCGUCCGUGUCCAUGGAAACCAAAGCCAGAAUCCUGGCCGACCAAGGCCUCGGCGCGAUCCAGUACCUCCAAUUCUCGGACCACCGCCUCGUCCGCCGCGCCGCCACCGAGUGCCUCACCAACCUCCUUCCCCACGACGACGUCCUCCGGGUGUUUUGCCAGCCGGAUAAGGCGCGCCUCUGGCUCGCGUUCUCGUCGAUUGAAGAAAGCGACGAGGACUUUGAAACGGCUCGCGCCGCUGCGGGGGCGCUGGCCACUGUCACACAGUACGGCGAGGUGUGCAAAGUGGUGAUGGAUCAAGAGCCGCUAGUGACAAUCCAAGCGGUGCUGGCAGACCCGGACGUGUCCCCGGAACUCGUGCAUCGUCAUGUCGUCAUGCUGCAAAAUCUGUUGGAAUAUGUGGCGACGUCGUGUGACACAAGUACUAGUACUACUAGUAGUACUACCCAGCAAGAAACCGACGACGCUGUCAAGCUCGCCACGUACAAAGCGCAGUUCAAGUUGCUCGUGCCCACGAUGGAGACGUUGGUCGUGUCGACGCCCGUCGAGAUCAAACCAGUCGCCCAAGCUUGCUUGGCGUUGAUCAACCAGUUUUAAUCAAUGUCAGGGUUGGUUACUAGUACA